AUGCUGUCCAAGACCCUACUUAUCUUCGCCUCGGUGGCUUCUUCUGUGCUUGCCGCCCCGGCAGCCUGCUCUGCGCCCAACACAAAGGCUCGCACGCCGACGUUGCCUCUCAGCGGUGAUGCCAAGGAACUCACCAACCCUCCCGACGGGCUGAAGCUCCUCCACAUCGCCCUCGGCUUCGGCAUCCAAAACUACACCUGCACCGCGCAGGGCGCCAAGCCCAAUGCCACCGGCGCCCUCGCCGUCCUCUACGACGCUCGGCCGCUGUACCCCAAGCAGGGCGCGCGCUCCCUCUCCGAGGCGCAGUUCGCCGCGCUGCCCGGCGACGUGCUCGCGCAGCACGCCGUGCCGCUCAACCUCGACAACACGCAGAACCGGGCCGACCCCGCGCACCCGGGCGCCUCUCUGACGAGCCCGUUCCCCGCGCCCGCGGGCCUGCAGGUUGACGGCGUCGACAAGCCCCUCGAGUACAUCGGUCACCACUUCUUCAACGACAAGGGCGUGCCCUCGUUCUUCCUCGACAACGGCGCCAUCUUCAUGACGUCCAAGAAGGAUGAGGCCGUCGACGCGCCCGCGUCGGCAUCGUCAGGGCCCGAUGGCACCGGCGCCGUCGCCUGGCUCAAGCUCAGCGCGACGGACGCGGCCGUCGGCCCGGCCAAGUUUGUUUACCGCGUCUUGACGGCCGGUGGUAACUCGCACGGCUGCGCCAACGGUGCCGGCGACGACAGCACCAGCUACACGGCCACGUACUGGUUCUACGGCUAA